AUGGCUCACGCAGCCCCCAGCCCCAGUGCCAGCGCCAGCGCCAGCGCCAACAAUAACAAUACCAACACCGCAGCCGCCAACGGCCGCAACCACGUCGUCAUCAAAGUCGGUAUGGUGGGCGACGCGCAGAUCGGCAAGACGAGCUUGAUGGUCAAGUACGUCGAGGGCAGCUGGGACGAGGACUACAUCCAGACCCUGGGCGUCAACUUCAUGGAGAAGACCAUCUCCAUCCGCAACACCGAGAUCACCUUCUCCAUCUGGGACCUGGGCGGCCAGCGCGAGUUCGUCAACAUGCUCCCGCUGGUCUGCAACGACGCCGUGGCCAUUCUCUUCAUGUUCGACCUCACCCGCAAGAGCACCCUCAACAGCAUCAAGGAGUGGUACCGCCAGGGCCGCGGCUUCAACAAGACGGCCAUCCCCAUCCUCGUCGGUACAAAGUACGAUCACUUUGUCAAUUUCCCAAGGGAGGACCAAGAGGAAAUUUCCAACCAGGCUCGUCGCUUUGCCAAGGCCAUGCGGGCUGCCCUCAUCUUCAGCAGCACAAGUCACAGCAUCAACGUGCAAAAGAUCUUCAAGAUCGUCCUCUCAAAAGCCUUCGACCUCAAAUGCACCAUUCCGGAAAUCGAGAACGUCGGCGAGCCUCUCCUCCUUUACCAGACAUGCUAA